AUGUGGGCCUGUAGCGUGGGGAGCUGCCUGCUGGCCGUGCUCAGCCUGGUGCUGCUCUGCAUGGCUCUCGUCACCGACUACUGGCUCGUGGCCAUCGGCCCCAUGGCCACGGCCCACAGCGGGCUGUGGCAGGAGUGCCUGCCCGUUGGGUGCCAGAGCCCAGCCCACGUCACCGGGUAUAUACAAGCCACAAGGGCCUUCCUGAUCCUGGCCGCGCUGGCCACCGCCGCGUCCGUCCUGUCCCUCCUGCUCUCCGUGACGUCCUGCGUCCGCAUCCCCGUGAGCACCGACCUCCUGGCCUCCAUCGCAGCCUUCACCGCCGGCAGCUGCACCCUCAUUGCCAUGGGCGUCUACACCGGCGAAUCGUGGCACAAGAACCAGGACGGGCAGAUCCAACUGACCUUCGAAUGGUCCUUCUACCUGGGCUGGGCCACCCUGCCGCUGCUGGCCCUGAGCGGUACCUUCGCCCUUGUGGCCCACCAGCGCCAUGCGGGAUACGAGAGGCAGUGA